AUGAAUCUGAUAAGAUGGUCUCGGGAAAGACGCACAAGCCCAUCCUUCAGGGCACUUAGUGUGGAAGAAGUAUCCAAGCACAAUAAGCUGGAAGAUUGCUGGAUCAUAAUGGAUGGAACGGUGUAUGAUGUCACCGACUUCCUUCGAGUGCAUCCAGGAGGAGCAGAGACCAUAAUGAAGUAUGCAGGGAAGGAUUGUACCGAUGCAUUCAACAAAGCCCAUUCCUAUGUAAACAAGGAGGAGCUGCUAUUCAAUAGUAUUGUGGGAGUCAUUAGCAGGCAGUAG